AUUACUAGCACAGUGCGAAGUCAAAUCUAAAUAUGAUACGUAAUUUAAAUAUGUGGAAGCUUAAAUCUUUAAAAUGUGGAAAAUGCUCGGUAAAUUCCAUUAUUUUCAGACGGAUUUCAGUUGGUGACUCCAAACUAAGCCAAAAACAUGAUUCAAAAAAAUCUUCUAUAAAAGAGAACGAAUCUUUCAUGGCUAAUAUUUUCCGUCGGUCUUUAGUCUCCAAGCAAGUGUUUCCAUAUCCCGAUGUGCUAAGCCUGGAACAAAAGGAAUCAACUUUCAGUUUAAUAGGCCCUUUUGAACGAUUUUUUUCUGAAGUUAAUGACGCUGCCAGAAGCGAUGAGACUGGAAAAAUAGACGAAAAAAUCCUCUCCUCGUUGUGGGAACUGGGUGCAUUCGCACUACAAGUGCCUCCGAAUUUUGGGGGAUUGGGUCUGAAUAAUACACAGUAUGGAAGACUUUGUGAAAUAGUUGGUGCCAAUGACUUAGGACUAGGAAUAACGAUUGGCGCACACCAAAGUAUAGGAUUCAAAGGAAUACUUUUGUAUGGAACACCUGAACAAAAGGAAAAAUACUUGCCCAAAGUAUCCACAGAAUGUGUCUACGCUGCCUUCGCACUCACGGAGCCAUCUUCAGGUUCAGACGCUGGAUCAAUUCGAUCCCGUGCAGUAAAAAGUGAAGAUCAAAAAUACUAUAUACUAAACGGUUCAAAAAUUUGGAUAUCUAAUGGUGGAAUUGCUGACAUUAUGACGGUUUUCGCACAGACUGAACUAGUGGAUCUAAAAACAGGCGAAAAAAAAGACAAGGUUACUGCGUUUAUUGUGGAACGAUCCUUUGGAGGUGUUACAAAUGGUCCACCAGAAAAAAAAAUGGGAAUUAAGGCAUCAAAUACGACGGAAGUUUACUUUGAGGACGUAAAAAUACCAAUUGAAAAUAUUCUUGGAAAGGAAGGGGAUGGAUUUAAGGUUGCUAUGAAUAUUUUAAAUAAUGGUCGGUUUGGAAUGGGAGCAACGCUCUCCGGCACGAUGAAGAAAUGCAUUGAAAUUGCUACUUCUCAUGCUAAUAACCGGGUUCAGUUUGGACAAAAACUUAAGAACUAUGGCUCUAUUCAAGAAAAAUUAGCACAAAUGAGCAUGCUUCAAUAUGCCACAGAAUCUAUGGCAUUUACGAUAUCCCAAAACAUGGACGAUGGGAGUCAGGACUACCAUUUAGAAGCGGCCAUAUCAAAAAUAUAUGCAAGUGAAAGCGCCUGGUACGUUUGCGACGAAGCUAUUCAAAUUCUGGGAGGUAUGGGAUUCAUGGUUGAAGCUGGACUUGAACGAGUUUUACGAGAUUUACGGAUUUUCCGAAUUUUUGAAGGCACAAAUGAUAUUCUUCGUUUGUUUAUAGCACUAACUGGUAUUCAAUACGCAGGAUCUCAUUUAAAAGAACUACAAAGUGCAUUUAAGAAUCCAUCUACCAAUUUGGGUUUGAUAUUUAAAGAAGCUUCUAAGCGUGCCGCUUCUAAAGUUGGUCUAGGUGGCAGUGAUUUAAGUUGUCAUGUAGCUCCUGAGCUUCAGCCCUAUGCCAAGAAAACUGCAGAAUGUAUUGACCUUUUUGGCCAAACAGUUGAAGAGCUAUUAUUACGGUACAAUAAAAAUAUAGUAAACGAGCAAUUUAUAUUGAACCGACUGGCAAACGCAGCUAUAGAUAUAUACGCUAUGGUUGUCACACAAUCACGAUCAUCACGAGCUUUAAAACUUAAGCUUCCAACUGCACAGCAUGAACUGAACUUGACCAAAGCUUUAUCCAUACAGGCCUCUGAGCGAGUGAUGAAGAGCCUAAAAUCUGCUACUUCAAGCCAUCAUCAAAUUUUGACAGAGAAAAUGUCAGUUAUAGCUCGGACGGUUUGUGAUAAGGACGGUGUUUAUUCCACUGGAGUCAUCGACCUUUAAAUGAUAAAACGAUUUGCCAAACAAUUUUUUAAUAAAUAAUCUACAAACUCUGAAAA